UCCAACGGCCAGUCGACCAGUUAAGGAGGUGUCGGACUGUCCAAAAAUUCGUCAGCCAUCGUUCGCCUCCGGGAGUCACAGCGUCUACGGGGCUCAGAAGCACUUAUAACCGUCCGCCUCAAGAGACGAGAGGCCACCCCUCUCAUCAGGACAGCCUCGGAACACCGUAACCAUUCAACAUGGCCACCCAGUUCGCUCCUCUUACGCCCGCCAAACUUAGGGAUGAGCUGUUGACACAUCCCCUCAUGCUCUCCAUUGGAAGCCUUGGCUUGUCGACGUUCAUGUCGCGCUCAAUCUUUGGCGUAAUAGAUUGGAGACCGGUGCUCAUUUGCGUCGCUUCUGACAUCCUCGCCAUAGGCAUGGACCACUACUUCGACCAAGCCCCUAUGUUGUCCUAUGCGUUUAAGACCAGCAACAGCGAGAUGAUGGCGAUCUUUCGACAAUCCAAGAUGCUCCUCUACUCCAAUGCCGCUCUGCUACUCUUAGCGCUUUCCCUCUCUCCACCUUUGACAUGGGCCAUGGUCACUGUCUUCUUCGGUCCCGCUUUUGUAUGGGAUUUCAAGCUGUUUGUCUUUGGCGGCACCCAGAAGAAAACUGUAGAGAAAAAAGCUCCGAAGAACGCCUUCACCAUCAAGCGGAUACCUGGCAUGAAGGCUAUCCUCAUCGGCGUGAUUAGAGGGUGCGGUACAUUUGCCAUCGUCAACUCAAUACUUGCGCGCUCCUUUUCCGCCGCCCCGGCGGGCCCGAGCAUCUGGAACCCCACUCAGAUCAUCGUAUGGUCUACAAUCAACCGUGCUUGCCAUGCCGUGAUGGCAGACGUCCGCGACUUCGACGAGGAUUGGGAGAAGCAAGUACCUACUAUUCCCGUGCUUUUGAAGAGCGUCCUUCGCACGAAGUUCUUGCUCACUGCAAUCCAUCUGUUCACCACUCUUCUUUACUCGUACAACCCCUACAUCGUCUUCGCUUCCCUCUACGCAACGGUGCUGGUUUGGGCCCUCGACGAGAAGAGUCCGCGGGGGUUAUACCGACUCAGCUUCCACUCCCAGACUCUGACCGCCGCCUUGUACGGCGCCAAGGUCGAAAUCGACUCGUUCUCCGGCUAUCGUAUCUACCCCAGUAAGGGUCGUCUGUUCGUGCGGGGAGACAACAAGAUCUUCCGUUUCGCCACCUCCAAGAAUGAGUCGCUCUUCCUUCAGCGCAAGAACCCCCGUAAGAUCGCUUGGACUCAGGUGUACCGUCGCAUGCACAAGAAGGGUAUUACGGAGGAGGUUGCCAAGAAGCGUUCCCGGCGUACCGUGAAGCACCAGCGUGGCAUCGUCGGUGCAGACCUCGCUGCCAUUGCGGCGCGGAGGAACCAGACUGCCGCUAUCCGUGCGCAACAGCGGACUGCUGCCAUCCAGAAGGCUAAGGCGGAGAAGAAGGCUAAGGAGGAGAAGAAGGAGAAGACCAAGCCCGCCCACAAGCCCGUAUCAACCGCUCCCCGCGUAUCGAAGCAGCAGAUGAAGGGUGGCAAGGGUGGCCGCUAAGAUUGUAUCUGCGUUGGUUCCUUGUUCUCUAUGACACAUGCUUUCGACUUGUCGCCGUGCACGAAAAUGUAUGGGUCUAGCAUGCCUUUACCACGAUGUUAUGUUAUUGCAUCCCGGUAUCCUCGUCCUUGUACCACCCACGCACUGCUUGAACUCGUAUCGAGACCGUGCACCUGGAUCGGAGGAAUGUAUUUUUUUCACAUCCA